UCAACAAUUUCAGUUUCUACGGCGCGUUUUGAAUUAGCGGUUGCAACAAAGUUUCCUUUGUAACGGAAUAUGUUUUUAUUACUCUUAAUAGCCGUUUUUACACUCUCGUUUUUUUACAUUAAAUGGACUUACACAUAUUGGCAACGCAAGGGCUUCCCCUUUGUCCAGCCGAAAAUACCAUUUGCGGUUUUAGAUCCAGUUCUGAAGCGUGAAGCCUCAUUCGGCACUGCCAUUCUCGAUGUUUAUCGCAGCACUAAGGAGAAAGUGUUGGGCAUCUAUCUAAUUACAAGACCCGUUCUGUUAGUGCGUGAUGCACAAUUGGCGCGAGAUAUAUUGACGAAGCAUUUCGAAAGUUUUCACGAUCGUGGCGUACAUGUCGAUGAUGAGGAUGAUCCGCAAUUGAGUGGCGGCCUAUUCUUUCUCAAAGGACAGGAUUGGAAGAGUUUGCGUGUGAAAAUGACACCGUUAUUUACAUCGGGCAAAUUGAAAGCCAUGUUUGAUACGGUCGAGGAUGUGGGCGAUCGUAUGAUCAACUAUUUGAAUGCACAAAUACCCGAUGUUGGUGCCAAAGAAAUGGAAAUGCGCCAUGUAAUGAGCACCUUUGCUAUAGACAUUAUUGCUUCAGCGUUUCUGGGUUUAGAAGUGAAUAGCUUUGUGGAACCAAAUAACGAUAUAUUGAAUAUAAGUCGCAAAGUGAAUGAGCCAACGUUCGGCAGUGUGGUGCGCGGUACUUGUCAAAUGCUAUUUCCCAGCUUGGAAAAGCUCUUCUUACGUUUGGGUUGGCGUGAAGAAGCUCCCGAAAUGAUGAGAAAAAUCGUUAAACGUACCAUAGAAAUGCGCGAGGAACAGAAUAUUUCACGCAAAGAUAUGUUACAACUGCUCAUGCAACUGCGUAACAAAGGUCAAGUCAACGACAAUGAUAAUGAUUGGUCUGCUAAAGCUGUUGACAAAAAUACAAUGAAGCAUAUGACGAUUGAAACCAUUGCCUCGAAUUUGAUACUUUUCUAUGUGGCCGGCUAUGAAACAACGGCGUCCACCAUUUCGUUUACCGCCUAUGAACUAGCGCAAUAUCCAGAAGCAUUGGAAAAGGCGCAGCGCGAUGUCAGAGAAGCGAUUGAAAGGCAUGACAAUAAGUUUUCAUAUGAAGCCGUACAAGAUAUGAAAUAUCUGGAUCUCUGCAUAAUGGAAACUACACGCAAAUACCCGGGAUUGCCGAUUCUCAAUCGCGAAUGCACGCAGGACUUUCAAUUACCAGAUAGCGAUUUGGUUAUCAAAAGUGGCACACCCAUUAUUAUUUCGUUAUUGGGUUUGCAUCGUGAUGAGAAAUAUUUCCCGGACCCCAUGCGUUGGGAUCCAGAAAGAAUUUCGCAGAGAAAUUACGAACCUGCCGCUUUUAUGCCAUUCGGUGAAGGACCUAGACAUUGCAUUGCACAACGUAUGGGCAGAGUUAAUGCCAAAGUGGCUCUAGCAAAGCUGUUGCUCAACUUUAAUAUCGAAUUAAAUCCAGUGCGAAAGGAAAUUGAAAUCGCUAACUUUGGUGUUCCGAUUAUGGCCAAAGGUGGCAUAAAUGUACGGUUAUCGAAGCGAACUUGAGAUUUGUUUAUGGUUUAACAUAAUUAAUUUUGUAUUUGAAUAUAUAAAUAAAAUUAAUACAUAUGAUAAUAUGAUAAAAUUA